GAAUUUACUCCGUACACUAAAAGUCCGCUUUUUAACCCCAAGCAAAUUAGUUAGUUUCACCACCUUCGCUUGUUUCCCAUGGCAACCAAAGAACCAGAGAUAAUUACAGAAGACCCGAUGAGGAACUGGUCAAGAGCCAUGAGUUCACAAGGCAAAACCAUAGGCUUAGUACCCACUAUGGGUUAUCUCCAUGAAGGUCAUUUAUCUCUGGUCAAACAAUCCCACCGCCACGCUAAUCUCACUGUUGUCUCCAUCUAUGUCAACCCAGGUCAGUUCUCUCCUUCCGAGGACUUAUCGAUUUACCCUUCUGAUUUUCAGGGUGAUCUCCGCAAGGUUAUGUCUCUUUCUAAAGCUGUGGAUGUUGUCUUCCACCCUCAUAAUCUUUAUGACUAUAAAAACAAUUUCAAAAAUAACGAUGUUAAUGAUAGUAAGAGGAGUGAGUCUGGUAAUGCUGGUAGUGGAGUUGUUUCAUGUGUUGAAGAAAAGGGGAUGGGGCAUGAGACUUGGGUGAGAGUCGAGAGAUUGGAGAAGGGUCUGUGUGGGAAGAGUCGGCCUGUUUUCUUCAGAGGGGUGGCUACCAUUGUUAGCAAGUUGUUUAAUAUUGUGGAGCCUGAUUUUGCUUUCUUUGGGAAGAAAGAUUAUCAGCAGUUUCGUGUUAUUCAGCGAAUGGUUCGAGAUCUUGAUUUUGGCAUAGAAGUGAUAGGUUCUGAAAUAGCUCGAGAUGAAGAUGGCCUUGCUUUGAGUUCUCGUAAUGUGCACCUAUCGCCUGAAGAAAGGGAAAAGGCAUUGUCUAUAAACAGGUCAUUAUUCAGAGCUAGAUCUUCUGCAGAAAAGGGUCAAAUUAACUGUAAAGAAUUGAGGGACUUGGUCAUCCAAGCAAUAAAUGAUGCUGGGGGAAGAAUUGACUAUGCUGAGAUUGUAGACCAAGAAAGUUUGGAGGCGAUGGAAGAGAUAAAGAGUCCUGUUGUCUUUUGCAUUGCUGCCUGGUUUGGGAAGGUCCGCCUCAUAGAUAACAUGGAAAUCAAUAUUAUGAAGCAUUUUUCUCAUUAGCUUCAAUUUCUCCUUGCUAAAUGCCAUUUUGUUAGCCUUUUUUUCUUUUUCUGACAGCUGGCUGUAAUAGCCUUUCUUAUUCUUGAGUUUCAAUUAACUUAUUGGGUGGGUAGAUGAUCAAAUUUUGUUUUGUAACACAAACAAUAAGCAAAAAUGAAUUGUUUUUUGUAUUUUAUUGGAAUGAUUAUAUGGUGUGUUCUGAGAUGGUUCACCCGAAUUAG